UUGUUCCUGACACUACAGCCCGCCCCAACCCAUGGCCAGCACCAUCAUGUACAUCUAAACCCACUGCGGCGGAAAUAGCAUGUUUGUACUGAUACCCGAGGGAUUGGCGCCACCGACGGGACAAUGACAUUGACAGCCAUCGCCGCGUUCCCUCCUUUGCGCUUGCACAGCAUCGCCGAGCACAGGACACCCUGUAGUCUGCAGUCCACAUCGCAUGCGACUGGUUGCACCUGCUCCCGAUUAUCGGUACCCGUUCUAUCGUUGGCGAGCAAGAGUGGGGGUCCAUGGUCCCUCCCACCUCUAUACCAGACUUUGGCUCUCACCAGGGAUACACAUAUCGCUCAAUUGAGUCGAAUCCGACCGAGAUGGCGCAAUCCAACGCUCAGCCGGGUUGUCAGGCACUUGACAGAGAUCAUCCGGAGUGUGUGUCGCGAAUUCGAUUUGGUCAAGCGGUGCUUAAUUCCCUUCUGGAAGAACCUGCGAAGUUUCCCUUGGCUUCAGAAGGGUUAUAUAUUCGUUACUUUCGACCGUUGAUGUUGUUUGCCAGAGUCCAGCCAGUUAGCAAGCCAGAAACAACGAGCCUGAAGUCACCCAAGUACCAGUCUUGUACUUCGACGCACUACUUGAACACCGCUCGAUCGCUAGAGGUACACUUCGAUCCUGGAUGACGCAAGCAUCUCAUACGGCAACUUGAGCAACAUCAUGUCUUUCAUCAAACGUUUGUCACUGAAGAAGCUCGGCAAAAACAGUUCGUCAUCUACGAAAGACAGUCAGCUACCGCAGGCACAAUACGUUGAACAGCAAGGACAACUACCAGAAGACGCCAUUCCCCUCGGCAGCGGCAACCACGGCAUCAGUACCACAGACAUGGAGCCUCUACCAACGCCAGAGAAGCAGACAGUGCUCUUGCUGCACGGGGCAAAGCAACCAUACCAGCUGACAGAGGACUAUCCCGUCCCAAAGUUGGAGGGGGAGCACGAUGUACUUGUGAGGACACAGACCAUUGGACUCAAUCCCAUUGAUUGGAAGGCACCUGACUUCAACUUUGCCAUUCCUGAACUACCAUACAUCUCUGGUCGUGAGUUGGCAGGUGAAGUUGUUCAAACUUCCAGGAAAGAGUCGAGGUUGAAGCCAAGGGAUCGAGUCCUCGCCAUCUCCACCGACUACCGCGACCUCCGCAAAGCCGCCUACCAGCAAUACGUCAUCUCCUUCGACUACAACACCGUCCGCAUCCCACCCUCCCUCUCCCUUGAAGAGGGUUCGACUCUCGGUGUGGCCUUCGUCGCCGCCGCCCUUUCCCUAGGCGUGUGUAUGGGCGUCAACUUCUCUUCUAUCCUCUCCGGUCCCGAUCUCUUCUCCCUCCUCCGCUCAUCCGUUUCACAAGAGUCUCUAGCAGAAGAUAUCCGCUCUGAAUGCCUAGACGGGAUUCGUUUUCAUGAGAGAGCCAAAGCUGGGGAUUGGGUCGCCGUGUGGGGUGGAAGCUCGACGAGUGCCAACCUGACGAUCCAGUUAGCUAAGCUCGCCGGACUGAAGGUUGUUACGAUUGUUGAUAAAGCUAAGCACGGCUUGAGGCUAAGUAACCAUGAAGUACUCAAGGCCGACUUGCUGGUGGACAGCCACGACCCCGAAAGGGCGGUGCAGAUUAUCCGCCAGAAUUUGAAGGGCAAACUUCGCUUUGGCGUGGACACCCGUGGUCGGGAAUCUGCUACUUCGCUGCUUCACGCCCUUUCUCCCGAUAACGUCGACUCUCCUCCUUUACCAGCCGGCGAGCAGCCACCAUCCCCACCUGGCACACCUAAAGAGGAGAUCCUCCUGGGUGCGCAUCUGAUUGGUCUUACAGGCCUCCCAAAGCAGCAAGCACCUGAGGAAACGAUGUUCCAUACGGUACCAAUCAAGUUGUUUCAUGAAAUUCCACAGGUGGGCGGGGCGUUAUGCCAAUGGUUGGAGAGGUUGUUGGCUGAAGGGUUGGUGAAGGCGCCCGAAAUCAUCGAUGUUGAGCAGGGGCUCGGUAGUAUUAAUAGGGGGCUAGAUAGGAUGAGAAAGGGGGAGAUUAGUGGUGGGAAACUGGUUGUCAGGGUUGCUGAAUAGGCUGGGGAGGAUGUAAUCUGAGUUCAAACUAAUACCUCUAGUAACUGUCGAGAUUAUAGCGAUUUUAC